AUGUUUACGCGCUCUAGGUUAUUCCUUUCAAAAGCUCUUCCACUUAGGAAUAUAUUGAACCCAGACUACCACAAUGAAAGACGACUUCUAUACAGUGUUACAGCAGCUCGAUAUCGAUCAACAACACCUUUAAAUACUAUAAUAAUGUUUGUACCACAACAAGAGGCAUGGAUUGUGGAGAGAAUGGGAAAGUUUCACAGACUCUUAGAACCAGGACUGAAUCUGUUAUGGCCUAUUGUGGAUAAAAUAAAAUAUGUCCAGAGUUUAAAAGAAAUUGCAAUAGAUGUGCCUAAACAAAGUGCUAUUACAUCAGAUAAUGUUACCUUAAGUAUUGAUGGAGUCUUGUAUUUACGUAUUGUGGAUCCUUAUUUAGCUUCAUAUGGAGUUGAGGAUCCAGAAUUUGCUAUCACCCAGCUGGCUCAAACCACCAUGAGAUCUGAACUGGGUAAAAUAUCAUUGGAUAAGGUGUUUAGAGAAAGGGAAUCACUUAACGUGUCAAUUGUGGAUUCUAUCAAUAAAGCUAGUGAAGCAUGGGGCAUAGCUUGUCUUCGUUAUGAAAUACGUGAUAUCAAACUACCCACACGUGUACACGAGGCUAUGCAAAUGCAAGUUGAAGCGGAACGACGUAAGCGCGCCGCCAUUUUGGAAUCUGAGGGGGUCCGUGCGGCAGAUAUUAAUGUUGCUGAAGGAAAACGACAAGCAAGGAUUCUUGCUUCUGAGGCUGAAAAACAAGAGCAGAUCAACAAGGCAUCUGGAGAGGCUCAGGCAAUGUUAGCUGUGGCAGAUGCUCGGGCUAGAGGACUUAAACUUGUUGCAUCGGCUCUUUCAUAUCCGGACAGCAAGCAAGCAGCAUCAUUGUCUAUAGCUGAGCAGUAUGUAAACGCGUUUCGUAAACUCGCGCGCACCAACAACACCCUCAUACUGCCAGCUAAUGCUGGGGAUGUUUCCAAUUUAGUCGCUCAGGCCAUGUCAAUAUAUUCCACUGUCACCGCUCACAAUGCACAGCAUUCACAACCACACGGUGAACCGAUAGUCCCUGAUAUUAUGUCUGAGGAUCCACUCUUCAAAUUGAAUGCGCCAGCGCUCAAUGAAAAGGGAACCACAUUAGCUGGUCAGCCGCUUCCAAAUGAAGAUAACGACUUAGCAGAAUAUUUCUCCGAUGAUGAAGAAAGGGAAAAGGCAUUACAAGCCCAGAAAGAUAAACAAAAGUUACAGUCUCUAGAAAAGGACACAUAG